AUGUGCAAACACAUAUUAAACGCACAGGUCUCCAUUCGAGCAGCUUGUUGUAAACGAUGGUUCGACUGUGCUGAGUGUCACACCGAGGUAGCCGAUCAUCCGGUUCGCAAGUCCUCGGAAAUGGUAUUCGCGUGCAAGAAAUGCAAAAAAGUUUUUCGUAAAGAUAUGGAGAAUUACGAAGAGAACGAUGAGUAUUGUCCGCACUGUGAUAACCAUUAUGUGCUUGAGGCAAAGACGCCGCAGAUGAGUCUUGGAGUUGAGGGUGAAGACCCGAGAUUGGAUAACAGAAUGCUUAAAGACGAGCGAAUAAAACUGGACCCGCAAAAAAGUAUUUUCUUUCCGGAUUUCACGGAACGAAUGGGAUAA